CGUAUCUAAGCGACUGCGUGGGAAUCGAAGGUCGGCUUUGUACUAUUUGUCGGCUAUGGGUGGACAGCGUAUCUCUGACGUAGCUCUCUCGCGCUGGGUGUAGGGGUAUGUGACGGGCGCGGCUUGGGAGGGUUCAAGUGUAAAUGGCGGGGCAGAGGAGGGCGUCUGGCGUGGGAAAUGUUGGUUCGAACCGUGGACCGUGGGAGAAGGGAAGGCAGGAAGAAGUCGGAAGCAGGUGGUUUGUUAAGCGGCUGCGCCUUCCGAUCCGUCACCGAACGCUGAAACCGGCGACAAAUUCCAGUGAGUGACGGCGGCCAGCGGCAAUCACAUGUCUCACCACGGCGGAAAACAUCAAGCUUCCUGUGUCUCUCUCUCUUCCGCUCGCUCGCUCGGUCCUGUUCUCGCUUCGUCUUCCGGGGGUACACCCGCUGCGCGGUUCGCUCAUCGUCUCAGCCCUCCUGCAUCUUCUCUGCAUCUCUGCAUGCCGUGCCGCCCCGCCAUCUGACGAAUGGCUGCAUGCUGAAUGGCUGCAGACAUGGCCUGCGUCUAGCACUCAGCACUGGUUCGCAGCCCACAAUAGGCUGCCUUACAUAGCUACUACUAAUGCCAAGCAGGACACCAUCA